AUGCACUCUCUUCGCUUACGCCCAUCGCUUCGGCACAUCUCCACACAUCGCCUCAUCUUUCUUCCCUCAUCUUGUCUGGCCCAGUCACACGACGGACUUCAACGCUCCGGCUCGCAUGGGCACAGCAAAAUGUACCAGUCAGAAAUGACAAAAGUUGCCAGCCCCACAGCCCCAAAACUGUCCGACAGUCGAGGUUCCAUUGUCUUGACGACAUUGCGGCCAGAUUUCGGUCGGUUCGCUAGAAAACCGCUCGUCGUGAUCGUCUGCCCGGCUGGUACCAUCGGCCUGAAUCGGUCUGGCGACCGGGCGAUAAGCAUGGCCACCCCUCCCCCCCUCCUCCUUCUCCUCCUCCUCCUCUAUUGGAGGGACGAAAUCGGCUCGACAACAUGGUACCGGGCCGGGACAGACGGAUUGUGCGGACAGGCAUGUGUCCUCGUGCCAUUUUGGCUCUCUCAUCCCGUUGCGAUGACAACCAAGCCUGACGACAGCAGCCUAGGCGUUUUUGGCCUGUCUACGAGUCUCUCAUUGUUUCAAGGCCCCAGAAAUUAA